AUGAAUGACCAACGAUUCAUACCUAAUCGUAAAUGCGAUCAUUUAUUAGACAUCAAUGCUAAUGACAAUAGCGAAAAAUUUAUCACCUAUCUUCCCCACAGUGGACUACAUAAUCAACGCAUUUCUUUAGAGAACGCGAUUUUUCUAGCAUGGUAUACAAAUCGCACAUUAAUUAUGCCACCAAUUAUAUUCGGAUAUGAAAUCGGCUGGUCACAAAGUCCAAACCUUGCCAUUCGUCUUGCAAAAUUAAAUGCCACCAAAAAUCUCGACGAUUGUUACUCUUUCAAGAGUUCGAAACGACAUCAAAAGUGCAUGCAAGAAUAUCAUUCCUACACACUAUUCCCGUGGGACGAAUUGAUGGAUCUGAGUUCCAUUCGAAAUCACGUUCGGAUAAUAAAUCAACAAGAUUUCAACCCGCAAGGUCUAUAUAAAUUGAUCAAUAUCACGGAUCCCGAGAAGGAGAUAUAUUACCCGAGAGAAAAAUCAAGAUAUGAUAAUCUGCUAUAUGAUCAAGGAGACGCGAUAAAGCUGAAAGCACGUUUUACGAAAUUUAAAAGACAAUUGCAUAUUUGUAGCUUACUAAAUCGUAGAGAGAAAUUAAUACAUUUUCUCAGCAUCUAUAGUACUAGUAGAAUACAAAUAAGUCUCCACGAAAAUCAAGUAUUCAGAGAGGUGAUUCAGAAAAAUUUAGUGUUUGGGCAUCCGAUCUUAAUAAAUGUGGUUAAAGAAAUCACACGCAAAUUGGGUGGAUCUGAAAAAUACAUUGGAUCACAUUUACGCGCCGGAAAUUCCGGAUACAAAAUUUAUAAAGCGGAAACAGUUCAACACAUGAUCGAAGCGAUUAAAAACGAGGAAAAUAUUAAUCAAAAGAACAUCAAUAUUACUAAAAAUGACGAUGAUGAUGAUAUCAGUAAAAGUAACAAAUGCGCAAAAACAAGCAACACUCAAUCUCUUUUCAAUAAAACAAUAUUUCUUGCUACCGAUGUAAAACCAAACGAUCCUGCAAUUCAACCAAUAUUUACAACAUUUCCUUGUACAUUCACAAUCAAUGAUUUCUCAACUGAAUUAGAAUUAUUGAAGAAGGCAAAAAACAUAAGGGACAAUUCAACUUUAUAUAAAUACUUUUUACCACUAGUAGAUCUGAUGGUUUCUGCACGUGGCAGUAAAUUCUUUGGAACUUAUGGCUCGACAUUCUCCGGCUAUGCUCUACGAUUACAUCAAUUGUGGGUGCCUGCUGAUAGAGGGAAAAUAGUGUAUAUUGGGCAUCGAAUGGUUUUUUUCAAGAAACCUUUUACUUUCGAAACCAUUCCAGAUCUAUCCCACAAGGUCGCACUAGUAACUGGUGCAAACACCGGAAUCGGAUUCAUAACUGCCCGUGAAAUUGCCCGAAAAGGAGCACAUGUUUUUGUGUGCAGCCGCAGCAAAGAUAAAGGUGAAGCCGCCGUGUCCUCGAUUAAAGAACAGACGGGCAAUCAGAAUGUAGAGUUUUUGCAAUUGGAUUUACAGAAUUUGAAACAGGUUAAAAAGGCUGCAGAGACUUUUUUGGCGAAAGGGUUGCCGUUACACAUUUUAGUAAAUAAUGCUGGUAUUAUGGCGACACCUUACGCCUUGUCUGCUGAUGGUAUUGAAAGUCAAUUUGCGACAAAUCAUGUUGGCCAUUUUCUCUUCACGACAACGCUUUUACCGAGAAUUGAAGAAUCUGCACCUGCAAGAAUCGUCACUGUCAGCAGUUUCGGACACAACUUUACUCCAAGUGGUGGCAUCGACUUCGAAAACAUCAAUACAGAAAAACACGGUAUAUGGCUACGUUACGGUCAAUCGAAACUCGCAAACAUUCUCUUCACCUUGGAACUAGACCGACGACUCAAAGACAAGGAUGUCUACUGCAACACUCUUCACCCGGGUGUCGUCAAAACAGAUCUCAGUGCGGGUGUUACCGAGGCGUGGGGAAGUUACUUGGUGACACCAUUUAUCACCAUACAAAAUGCUCUAUUUGCGAAAAAACCCGAAGAUGGGGCAUUGAAUCAGUUAUACGCAGCAACAAGCCCUGAGAUUGAAGAGAAAAAGAUUCGCGGAAAGUAUUUUACACCAUAUGCGAAAGUCUCGGAACCGAAUAGAUUGGCGAAAGACGAAGAGUUGGCAAAGAAAGUGUGGACUUUUACUGAGGAAUUGAUUGCGGAAAAACUGGCGGCUCCUGAUCAACCUACUACUUAA